GUCUAAUAGACGCAGCAAAACAGAAGCACUGCCCAUAAUAAGGAUAACACACCCGAGUGGAUAAACUGGUUGAUUAAAAUCAGGGGAUUUUACAGGAUGGAGCUAUAUAAGGAUGGGGAGUUGAAUGUUUCACUUUAUUUACUUCGAUUCAGCUUCACAGAUCAGAAGAUGCAUGCAUAUUUAUUAGAAAAACUCAAAAACCUUGCCAAAGGGAGAUGGAAGAAGAUAGUGUUGACGAUCUUCAUUCUCAUCCUACUGGGCAUCGUUACCUGGCUAGCAGUCAACGCUGCCAGAGCUCACACCCUGCUGCAAGAGCGUGAGGAACAGAUUCGUGCGGAAGAAGACCAGAAAAGGGAACAGCUGGUCAAAGAGAUACAUGCUGAAGAGCAAAAGAAAAGAGAAGACUUGGAGAAAGCCAUCCGUACAGAAGAAGGGAAGAAACGAUUUGAGGAUGCCAAAAAAAUACGUGCGGAGGAGGAGCAGAAAAGAAAAGAUCUAGAGAUAGCCAUACGUGUGGAGGAAGAGAAGAAAAGAGAAGAGGAAAUGGGAAAGGUCCGUGCGGAGGAGGAGCAGAAAAGAAAAGAUCAAGAGAUUGCAAUACGUGCAGAAGAAGAGGAGAAAAGGAAAGCGCUAGAGACAAAGAUACGGGAGGAGGAGGAGAACAAGAGGUCGAAUGGGGAGAAGAGAGUGAGGCAGGAGGAGAAGGUGAAGAGGGAGGCCUUGGAGAAAGAGCUGAGAGAUGCCAAGCAGCAGCUGGACCAGCUUAAGGCACAGUGCAACGCCGGGCAGAUGGUGACCAGCAGCUCCAUGGCUAUUGGCUUCCUCACCUUAGUGCUGCUGCUCAACCAGCUACUGCACUAACAACUGACUCCACUCUCUCCACUCACGGAUGCACUACCAGCUAUCGCUGACCCCACACACGCACACACAGACGCACACACAGACAAACACAGAUGUAUGCAUACAUGCACACUCACGCUCACACGCACGCGCACACACACGCGCACGCACGCAUGCACGCACGCACGCACGCACGCACGCACGCACGCACGCACGCACG